AGGAGUUCCCCCCGGCUGAAGAUCGAGGUCGUUUUUGUUUUCAGGCUCCUGAUUCAUUUUAUCUUAGUGAUUGCCCUCGCAACGGGAGCAGCUGGAUCUUGAGAUCCAGAGCGAAUAGGCGGGUUUACAAAGUACGACGCGGCCUAAUUCACCCCUCCUUCGGAAAUUUUUGCAUUUUGACGACUCCUUUGAUCUUUUGAAUUUUGCGUCACCCUCCUCCAUUAUCAAAGAAGCUUUUCUCACAUUGGUGGUUGGUCACAAAGAAUCUUUUGAUCACAUUUUUGAAGCCAUUUUGAUUUUUUGGUCACGGUCUGGUGGCAAAUUGUUGUGGCGCAGUUUGCCAGCCACUCACUCUCAGGAACUCAACAAUUAGCACGUACAACAGUCACAACUCGCUCGCCUAAAGAAGCGAGCACACAACUGAUUUUUUACCUCGCGAUUUAUUUCUCCCAACGACCACCCUACUUCUGUGUAUAAUUAGUGCCGUAUGUUUUGUAGAAAUAUCUGUAUAAUUGAUUUUUUUACGAUCUAACUAAGUCUUGAGGAAUCUUCAGUGUAGUUGUAUUCGACUGUAGUUUUAGUUAUAUUUUCCCUUUAUUCAGACUACUUUUCCCCCAGCAAGUAUGAAAAAUCUCCACAAAAUGUCUGCCCGGAUUACUAUUUUCUCCCUGGUUUGGGUCCUCGGGCUUCAGAACGACACAGCUUACUCUUUUUCCCUUUCGCCGGGAACAAAUGAGGAAAGUGAAGAGCAGGCUGGUGUCGUCCGCCGAAGUAGAAAUACGAGAAGCUUUUCCGUCUUUUCCCUCUUUUCAUCGAAAUCGAGGGCGUCGAGCUCCACGUCCUAUCCGGGCGAGAUCGAGCUGACAGAAUUGAUGAGCUUGAACAAAAAUGGUGCACGAAGUAGAGCUCAAUCGGAGUUGGUGCAACCGCCAGGAUCCCGCAAUCGCAUCGACACGGUCUAUUUCGACGUGGACUACCAGCACCCGGAGGAGGUCGAGGCGGCGGAUCGUGCUGCUGGACGUGAUCUUCGUGAGCAGGGGAAUGAUGAAAGUGACCAACCUAACUCUUCCUUUGGACGAACAUCAAUUGAUAUUACCACUACUUUAUCAAAGGCAAAUAUAUCUGUGUCUGGAAGGUAGGAACUUGUCAUGCUAAAUUCGAAUCAUGCAAAAAUCUGUGUUGCGUGACCGUGAGUGCCAAAAGCUGUCCACUUUCGACCAAGUUGAUGGGCCGGAGUUUCUCAUGAAGGAUAGGCAUGACAGAGACCUCGCAGAGUCUGUCAUGCUAUGUCCCGCAUUCCAGACCUCAUGGGUCAUGGAAAGCCUGCGUGACAAGUUUACACUCUUCCAGACCCAGACAUAAUAUUUGCAAUGCAUAUACUUUCAACGUUCUUUAUGACACGCAGGAGGUGACUUACAAUAUGCGCGUUUCGCUCCCGACGGACGCGGUUGUUUACAUUCCACAAUCGAACGACAGGAUUUGGAAAAAACUAGUGAAAAAGCACAUGAACAAAAAAACCCUGUCCGCCCGCGCGUGGGACCAGUACAUGCGGCCGGCGAUAACGCAGGCCAAAAACGUGCAGGAUUUUUACUCGCAAAUUGCGACAAAGCAGAAGGAGCAGGAUAGUAUGGAGGACUGGGCGAAAAAAUACAACCUUCCCAUCAGCCCCGACGGGGUGGACGACGACGAGCAAUUAGAAGACGCAACUGACGACAGAAUUCGUCUCCUCGAGUGGCAACUGGACGGGGUGACGCCAUCGCAGCUAAGCCGCCAAAAGCGGAAGGAAGAGGACCAAAACGAGCGGGUGAUGCUGGAUUACCAGUGCGGGCACUCCGCCAGCCAAAUGUCCAUGUGGGCGGCCUAUAACGCGAACCACGACUUUAUCGACCGGAAAAACUUCACCGAGCGAAAAUACUUCAAGGACGGGCGGUUACUGGCCCAGGCGGUGUGGCUGCGGCACAAGGGGCUGAAACUUGGGAAGCAGUCACUGAACGUCACGAAGACCUUGAUUUACGCGUUGACCGGGGCGAACAAUUCAAAAUCCUGCAACUUAUUAGAAAAAGACAUGGGGAAGGACGGGAAAAACAACGACCGGUACAUGAAGUGCUGCGGUAUGUUUUCCGCGGGUAUGACGGGGAAGUUAACCGGAAAGUCGGAUAAACACUCCACCGCCGCGGGAUAUAAAUGUACGGGGAACAAGCAGCUGCAAUCGAGUGAGGUGCGGCAGUGCCUGCAGUUUUUAACCGAUACGUUCCCCAUGGACAAGCCGCACAAAGUGCUUUACUCGGUAGGUGCAGCGGCACGGGGCGCGUUGACCGCGGUCGCGAAAACGGCGUUGUUCUACUAUGGAGCGCAGUACGCGACUGAAUUUGCCGUGAAGUACUUCGUGCCGAAAUUUGCGGACUGGUUGUUUGCCAACAAGGACAUUUUGAACGCCGUGUCGGCCGUGGCGAUGGAUGUCUGCCACAAUUUGAUUUUACUCCUCCAGGGGAAGUUAGAUCCGAACGCCAUGGCGGAAAUGGGUCUCACCGCUGAUCAGAUGCAGAAUAUGCUCGAGGCACAGAAACAGAUCAAACAAGCCGAGGAAGACGGUUUGGAGAAGAUCAAAGACGACGCCGCGAAGGAAUCCGGCGAAAAAAUGGACGGGGAAAAACCCGACCCGCCGCCCGAAGACCCGCACGCGGGCAAAUCCAGGCCGACGAGCAUGGGGGAUGAUAAUUUCCCCUUAACAAGAAACGACGAAGUUCGGCCGGUGUGCAACGCGAUUCUCGGCCUGCAGUCCAUGGGUGCCAUGACUGCGGCGCUCGGCAGUCUGGGCGUCGGAGCGGAAGCUAUCGGGGUUAUCCGGGGGAUGGCAAUGGCUGCGAAGGCCGCGGACGGAAUUGCGGCUGGUGCGUCUGCCGCUGCCGGAAUCGAAACGCUCGGCAUGUCGCUCGCCAGCUUCUUGGCGACCUGGGCGGGGCUGGUAGUCGCUUGCAACGCCAUGACGGUAAUCCCCUGGAUCGGCACCAUGAUGCGGCACCGCGUGAACAACAUUUUGAAUCUUCUCUCCGCCUCGGAGCGGCAGGUGGAAUGGGACGCCGAGGCGAAAAAGUACGAAGAGGAAAUUAACAAGUGGCGCCAGGAGAUGGACAAGUGGAACACGAUGGACGCCGCGCGGAAAGCCGCGUUGGCGCAACUGGUGAAUACAAUCAUGCAGAAGAUCAACGACGUACAGUUCGCGGAUAACAUGCAGGCGAAAAUGGAGCAGGGCAUGAAGGAUUUGGUCAACCAGCUGGAGGACCCGGCGAACAAACCAAAAAUCGAGGAGGAGAUGAAGAAAGCCAUCGAGCCCCACCGAAAGGAAGCCGUCGAUUGGGCCACGGGGAAAGUGAAGGCGUUGAACUUUUUGCACGAAAUAUGCAAGAAAAAAACUGUGGAAGUGUAAAUCUGUGAUGCAGAAAAUGCAAAACAGUUACACUUGUCAUGCUCGACAUGCAUGAUCGGCUCGCUUCCUAUGUGUUUUCCCUUCCUAUCUGCGCAUAACAAGUUUUUCCUGUCAUGGCAGACAAACUUGUCAUGCUGUUUUCCCAAAAGACUUACGCUAACGCAGUUUUUUUCUUGGAUACGAAACCUGGAAGCUGCGCACGAAGGUGAAAGACAUCUGGGCCGUGAAGUCCGCCGCGGACAUUAUCCUGGGUAAAAACGUACCCACACCAGAGUUGUAAUGCAGAUUUGCAAAGACAGGAAGACUUGUAAUGCGCAUCACCAUGAGAGCCAUUUCCAAUCGUGUUUUGGAAUUUGUGAUGCUGUGAACAGGAUGAGCCGAUGAAUCUGUGACGCGGCUGCACUAGCUAACCUGCACUACACUGCAGAGUGCAACUUGUCAUGCGUGACUCACAAAACUCCUAGGUUUGUGUUGCAAAAUCCCCAUCCUGACUCUGGUGUGGGUACGUUUUUACUCAGGAUAGACAUGCGAUGCAAAUUAGCCAUGGAAGAUAGUAUCAAGCGGCCGUUCAUUUUAGGUGCAACUUUGAGUCAAGGCCCGGCGACGUGCGAGCGAAACCCGAUGACCAUGAUUGCGGAAAAGGAAAUCGGCGCGGGCUGGGUCCCCGAGACGGACGCGGAUUAUUACAAGAAAGACGACAAAAGCGGAUCGUUUUUAAAUGGUUUGCUAAAGUGGCGCGGGAAGCAGACGCCGAAGAACAAAAAGUUGUCAGAUGCUUCUUCUUCUUCUAAAAGUGAACAAGAUAACGAAGACGACAAUAUCGGGUACCACGAGUGCUGCAAAUUUCAGGGUUUUUUCUCCGCGAAGGGCACGAAAAAUCGAUUAACUGGGCACUGUGGGUUCCGCUACACCGAGGGCAUAUUGCAAGGAAAAAUCCCCCCUCCCCAUAUUGAAAAGGUGUGGUUCCGAAAAUUUGUGUUGCUGAUUUGAGGCCACAAAUCACAUGUGUCUUGCAAGAAGACAAGGGCAGAAGCUUCCGCCCCAUUUUUAUGGAAGCGAUUGGCCAUGCUGCUCGGCCUAAAGGGGGGCCGUUUGCAAUGCUGAGCAACUACACCCAUACGCCCCUACCUAGGCUGGAGAUCUGGCCGCAAUGCCUUCCUGCAAUACACAGCUGAUUUGUGUACACAAAUCCAGCAUCAGAAAUUCCGUUUUGAUAUGGGGAGGGGGGAUUUUUCCUUUCAAUAGGGCAUGACCGCGGACUACGGGAGUUUGAACGAUAGGAAUUUUCUCCUCGCGAACCAAAAGGAAAACCCCUUGUUCAAAGACAUGAGUUUGGAAGAGACCGAGACCAGCCUGCGACGCAGCAUGCGCCAGUUAUUUUCGCGGAAACUGGCCUGUUUGAAAAAGCUCGGGAUCGAAUUCAACGAGCAGGCGGUUAUUGACCAAUCCGACAAGGAAUCAAAGCAGCUGGGGCUUUCCGGGUUAGUCACCCAAUCGCCCGAGCAGACAUUAGUGCUGUACCGCUUCUGGAAACAGUUCCGGAACAGGAAAACGGGGAGAUUCAGUCUGCAGAGACCGAAAAUUUUUCAGGAUUUCUCCCGGCGCGGGCCGGUGGUGCAGAAAUUGCGGAAGCAAGUGAAGGCAUUUCGGAAAAGAAAAGGGAAAAAUCCGGACGUUUUUGUCACGAAAGACGGGAUUUUGACACGGGAAAACCCAAAGGAGAACGAGAACGAGUUCCUGCUGAACAACGAUCAGGAGACAUUUGGCGAGGAAAUCGAUAUCGAGGCGGAAGUCUUUCUCUGGGACAGCAAUCUGCAGUGGCUGUUCGACGCGAGUAUGAGAAAACAAGAUAAAGAUGACAAAUCGAAGAAACCUCUAACCGUGUAUCAAUUCAAAUUCACCAUGAACAUCAUCCAGAAGCUGAUCGCCAGUAAGAACAAUACACCCAUCCCGGAAGCGCACCGCGGGCAAAAACUCCUGUUCCACCUGCGCUGUAAGAAUCCAGAGCACGCGCUGGCCUUUGUGAAAAUGUCCAGACCGGUCUUGGAGCCGUUGGGGAUCCGGUGCUUCAUCGCGGAGUUGUACGAUGAGCUGAAUGAGAAACUCUCCGACUCCGAUCUAGCCGAGGAGCGGAAGCGCAUGGGCAGGAGUGCGGUGCAGGCGCUGCCUAUGGAGAGAAAAAAGUUUGUCACAGUCACUAAGUUGCAGGUUUUGCAUUACAAAUUUUUUUGCAUCACAACUUCUCCUUGUACUGCAGAGACACUAGGGAAAUCCCUUAUGAAGUCGUGAGGCUGUGAUGCAUUUUUACGCAUGACAGAAAAUUUUGUCUUGCAAAAAUGCCCAUGAGUGAUCGUGACGAACUUUUUCUUUUGAUACUGCCCGAGUGGUUGCAGCAGGAAGCGGACCCCAGUGUGGGGGAGCUGGAGGAAGAGGACGAAUUGGAAGAUCAGCAUUUAGCAUUUCAUCACGAAGAUGAGGACUCUGACGACGAAAGUGGUCAUGCAGAGGGCCACGCCUCCGAACAAGCCGGUGCAGCCUCGUCCUCGACCGCUCCCACGACAGAACAAGAGCCCUCGUCUAGUACAACAACCAGCUCUGUCCAUCCCAGUUCUAUCCACCGGAAAUUCCCCCGUAGAGGCCGAAGUAAAACCUAUCCACCGGAUCAUGCUACUACGUCUCGAAAAACCAAACCUUCCGACAAGCUGAAACAGCAGAAGAAAUGGAGAAAAGCGUACAUGAAGGCGCGGCUCAAGGCGAAGUUGAAGCAAAAGUUGGCGGAACACAAAGAAAAAGCGCUGCAGCAACUGGAGGAAAACCGGGACGAGUUGCACGAGAAAGCGACGGAUUCGAAGCAGCAACUGCAGAAACACGUGGAGGAGGAAAUCGAGAAGGCGAAUUUGAAGCCCGAAAUCGCGGAUAACAAAGCAGAAAUUCACGACAAGCUCAUCCAAGAAACCCUCCGGAUGGCGGCUUUUGAGUACGCAGGGAGAAGAGAUUUAAGUGUUGCAGAAAUCGAAAAGAAAAUAACAGAAAUGUAUGAAGAUCUGUUGAAGGAAAGCCGCGACAGCAAGGUCGUGUUCGCCGGACACAAAGGGGAAGAGGAGGAAGGUCUUGAAGAUGCAACGAGUUCUUUCUCCACGUACGGCGGGAUUCUGCCCGUUGAUCAGAAACCCCUAGGCCCGCGGAACGACGCGCUAGAGCAGGAACUGGCGGAGAGUUACUUCAAACACCUGGACAUGCAGUGCAGCGCGCGGCCGAUGGAGAUGAGCUGCGGAGUAUUGGGCACGGUGAGAAAGGAGGAAAAUCCCUUCAUUUUGAAGGAGAAGGAGCAAGCGGUUGGUGAAGUGAAAACUACCGACGAGAGAAAAAUCUUCCGGGCUUCUGAGGACGGAGAUGAGGACGGGGAUCAUGUUGUCAGCACAGGCGAAGAAGAUGAUGAUGAUCAUGUUGCUGUUCCAGAGAGUACAAGCAUAAAAAUUCCAACCACGAAGCAGCGCCCGUUAAAUCCGGCUAUGAAGUACCACAUCGAGCAUUCCAAUCUUCCGACUCUUCCCUUCACUGGCAUCAACGCCCUAAGAAAAACAGACAUUCGAAACCGAGCGAUCCAGCUGGAUUUUGAAAUGUCCCGGAAACUCCUCGCGGAAACGCUGCCGCACUACGACAAUGAGCUGGAAAAAAGUGGUCUGGUACAAAACCUCGGCGAGGACUGCUAUGAGCCGUGCCGGAAAGACAAGCCCAACGGGUGGCAGGGCGGUAAGUGUUUCAAGGAACAAGAAGUUGUAGCGGAGAAAAAAGAAGAUCAUGUUGACCACGCGCAGGAAGGGGAGCAGGGGGAGAAAAAAGAGUCGACUGCAUCCGAGGAAGCUGCUGGUGUGGCGCAAGACGGAACUACAAAUGGUAGUACCGCUGGUCGUGCUGUUCCACCUGCAGAAGAGCCUGAACAACCGCAAUCUACCUCGCGUCUGGCUGGUUGUUUCUCUUUCUUCUGGAAGAAGCGCAAGAAUAGCCAGCAACAAGCUGGUACGACGUCCACAUCGAGUUCAUCAUCGUCGUCCUCAGAAGCUGUAGUUGCAACUCCUACUACACCACCACCGCCUCCUUCUUCCUUUUGCGGCACCCAAGGGUAUUGCUGUCGGCACCGUUGGGGCGGGUGCGACGACUUUGAGUGGCCGGAUACCAACCGAAUUAGUUCCCGGAAGCAUACCUGUAUCAAACCCCCGAACCCGAGGAUGGAAAUCGACCAGUUCCGGCUGUUAUGCAUUGCAAAAAUGUCUGGGUCUGGAAGGUUGCAACUUGUAAUGCUAAGUCUGGAUCGUGCAAAAAUUAAAAUCUGUGUUGCAUGAAUCCCAAAAGCUGUCCACUUUUUACGAAGUUGAGAGGAAGUUUCUCAUGCAGGAUAGGCACGAUACGGAUCUCGCAGAAUCUGCCAUGCUAGGUCCUGCAUUCCAGACGACAGGGAUCAUGGAAACUCUGCAUGACAAACCUGGCAAUCUUCCAGACCCAGACACUUUUGCAGUUGAUAGCUGUACAAAACGACGAAAAACCACAAGUACGACACGCAGACGAAAAUUUUGCAUCUAAGUUAUCCUAAGCAAAAGCGUCCCCACCCCAGAGUCAAGAUGGGGACUUUGCAACACAAACCUCGGAGUUUUGGGAGUCAUGCAUGACAAGUUGCAGUCCGCAAGGUAGUGCAAGUUAGCAAGGAAAGCCGCAUCACAAAUCGAUCUGCUGAUCCUGUUUACAGCAUUACAAGUUCCCGAACACGAUUGAAAAUGCCUGUCAUGGGGUUGCGCAUCACAAAUGUUUCUAGCAUGGCAAAUCUGCAUGACAACUCUGGGGUGGGGACGUUUUUACACGGGAUAUGAGUGUGGAGGAAUUAGAAGCCGCUGCUGUGGAGUACGCAAAAGCGGUUGGGAAGCAGCUGAGUGACGAACUGGAGGAACAUCAUGGUUUUUCAAGUUUGUUUCACAAAGAUGCACCGCAUGUGAAGGGGGAGGUGAGGGCUUUGGAGGAUUUGCUGCAGGUCGUGGAUUCAUCACCUCCUCCCAAGAACAAGAUGAUAGCACAUGAAGAUCAACACACGAGCUAUGGCUUUCUCCCGAUGCUGGACACGUUAUCCAAAGCGGAAGCUGACGUCUCUGAACUCGAAGAGAAGGCUCUGCAGAAGGAAAUCCGGCAACGCUAUUAUACUGGUUUUCCAGAAAACCGCAUCCCCAAGAAUGACCGGCUGCAAUUUCCCACCAGCCCGUUCCCACUAGACGAAGCGAACACCCCGUGUUGCCAGCGCAAAAUCUUCGGGUGCGGCGCGGCGAAGGCGGUGAAUCCGAAUUUGGCGGUCGUGGUGAAAAAGUUCAUAUCAAGUGCAAAAAUGUCUGGGUCUGGAAAGGUUGAACUUGUGAUGCAUGUUGCGGAUCACACAAAAAUCCAUAUUGCGCGACUUGCAAAAGGUCCCCACUUCUGGUCAGGCUGAGAGGGAAUUUCUCAUGCAGAACAGGCAUAACCAAGGGGCCGCAGAUCCUGUGAUGCUAGGUUCUGCGUGCCACACUUGACGGAGCUUGGAAAAACUGCACGACAAAUCUCAGAAUCUUCCAGACCCAGACAUUUUUACAUUUGAUAGCUCACGAUGAAUGGUAAUAGUAAGGAAGAAAUUAUGGAGAGAAAAAUGUUUGUCACAGUCACUAACUUGCAGGCUUUGCAUUACAAAUUUUCUCAGCAUCACAGCUUGUCCUUGUAUUGCAGAAACACUAGGGAAAUCCCUUAUGAAAUGUAGCUGUGAUGCAUUUUUACGCAUGACAGAAAGUUUUGUAUUGCAAAAAUGCGCAUUAGUGAUCGUGACAAACUUUUUUUGUUUGAUAGAAAUCACGUCCGUCGUGAAGAAUCCGUUCGCUUUGCUCCACACGAGAAAACAUAUCAAAUGCAAAUAUGUCUGGGUCUGGAACUUGUGAUGCUAAAAUGUGGAUGAUGGAAACAGUUCCAAAUGCAAUCCAGCACGACAGCUUUCCAGAACGCUUUCUCAUAGGAAAUCCGCAUCAGAAGCUGCGUUUUUGCAUGUACAAAAGAGGCUGCGACUUUUGGUGGUUAUAAUGCAAUACAGAUUUUCUAGGGAUGGAAAGCUAGCAUUACAAGUUCUAUCCUUCCAGACCCAGACACUUUUGCAGUUCAUAAAACAGAUCAUCCCACAAUGCAUCGCGUUGCUCAACGACCUACGGUAUUCCGGCGUCGGAAUGCCGAAAUGGCGGAAAUUACUCCGCGCGAUUUUCCCGGUCCUAUCCGUGGUCCUAUUCUCCGUCGCGGUCGCGACUGCCUUCCCCGCGGCGUUCGGUGCUUUAGCGAUAUCCGGGACUUCCACCGCCGGGCUGGUUUCGGGCACGAUGGCCUCUAUGGUGGGGUCCGCGGCCUAUGUUGGCUUCCAAUACCUCUACGACCGGUCCCACGUUGGGGAUUGGAUCCAGCGGCAGAUCCUGAACCUAACCUUGAAAGCGGUGAACUACGCCUCCGCCAUUCUGAUGCGGAACACCGUGAUCCAGAACUUAAUCGCAACGAUCUUCGGCAUGUCGCCGCAGAGAACUAUUGUCUCCGAUUCCAUUACCACGGGCUUUAUUUCUUUAUUUCAGCAAAUCGCCCGGUCCCCGGCGUUUGGCGCCGCGGUGCGCAUGAUGGUGGUCGCGGCCAGCAGCAAGGUGCUGCACACCAUGGGCGUCACAGUCGGCGAUGCGUUUGGGAAAUUGUGGAAGAGCGGGCUGGGACAAGGAAUUGGGUUGUUUACCGGAAUAACCAUUGCCGCGUAUCUGAUGACAAAUUUGCUCCCCGGAGCGGUGCGGCAAAUGUCGGCGAUCGCGCAAAUCCAGUCGCCAGAGGACGCGACGUGCGGAAAUUUGGCGCGAAUCGGUGGCCAGGACGACGAGGACGCGUGUAACGGGAUUGAGGUCGUUGUGCCGAAGGUAUGGGCAGAACGGGUCAAAGUCCCAGUGUUUGAGGAGAAUAAGGCGGCUACAUCAACUUCUUCGAUGCAAGACGCUUCAGAUCCGAAUACAAAUCCGUUCACGAUUCAAGCCGCACUCGGACUAUCUAACCAAGACUGGGAAGAUUUGCGCACUGAUUCUGGGUUUUUCGACCCGGAUUCUUGGCAGGGAAAGCAAUUGCGGGCGUUGGAUCGGGACAUGCGGUCAGCGGAUGAAGAAAUGAUGGUGAAGCAUUUGGGAGAACAACUCAAGUUGAAGCAUCCGAAAUGGGGAGAGGAUAAAAUCCAAAAAGAAGCAGAAAAGAUUUUCCAGAAGCAAAAAGCCUAUGCGGAUAGUACUGCGGAUGAAGAGGAUUCAGACAGCGACUAUGAAGUAGAAGAUGCAGAUCAUAGUACCGGCGCUGGUGCAGCGCACAGCCAGAAGAGCAAUCUUUUUUCAGCCGCCAAGAAGUUCUUGCGUUCCCGCAAGAAAGCCAUCUCCGUGAUCAAGACAAAAGUGGAGACCUUUCAAGUCUGCAAGGCGGAAAAAAUUGGGAUCAAUUUCACCGGAAAGACGAAAAAGAUGUUGGGAUUAACCGAUAAAUCCAACCAAAUCACAAAGUGCCGGUUCAACUGGGAGGGAGUAAAGGCCAAAUACGGGGGUUUCGGCCCGGUAAUGGGCCUCACCUGGACGAAAGACCAGAAAGCGGCCUACAUUGCCGUUUUAGAUUCUAUGCGGCAACGGCUCGGGCUCCCGCAGACGAAGAUGUACAACGUGAAUGGCGGAGCGGGGCUGGAGCAAGAUCUCGGCGUGGCGAGUCGGCGGGGGAGUCGGGCCAGGACGGCUUCGUUUAGAAGUAGAACCGCGACUAACGCCUCGAUUUUUUCGUCCUCUCAAGCUACAUCUAAUAGUAGUACCCUCGUCCCUGAGCAGGAGCUGCCUGAGGAUGGUGUCGAUCAUGUUGCUGAGGAUGAAGAUUUUUACCCUGAAGAGGAGGAGGACGAAAAUCACAUCAACCGCUACGUGUCAGGAGAUCAUGAACACGACGACUCAACAUCCGGUGACCGCCGUAAGGUCGAGUAUCUCGAGGUCAAAUUGGACCUGUCGCUGAAAACAAGUACUCCGGUGAAGACCACGGAUGAACAUCAAACUGGCGAAGUCGUGGCGCCAAAGCUACUGCUUACCGCUGUUGGUGCACCAGCAGGUUCUACUCCGCCUGGACAGCUACAAGGACAGCAUCAAGAGACAACGCCACCAAGAAAGCUGCAGAAGUUCAUCUCCUGCAGCGCUGCCUUCACUAAGUUGAAACUUGAGAAAGCAAACGCCGAGGAUUCGUCCUCUACGAGUUACUUUUCCUUUUUUCAACAUAAGCACAACCCAGACGAUUCCGUUUGCCUCGACAUGCUGGUCUGGGAAAAAGGCUUCUCACAAGCGAAAGAUGCCCCCUGGAAGGCCAGUCAUCCGGGCUUUAGGAUUGAAACUUCAACUCUCGAAGCAAAAUGCGCUCACGAGCUGCACGCCGCGGAAACAGCGAUCGGCCCGGACGCCACCGUUCCAGUUAACGCCUUGGGAGAAGAAUGCCGACGCUGGCUGAACUUCGAAAGUGGUUGCUGCGUGCGCAGUAAGCGAGUCGCCUUUCGGAAUUGGUUCAGCGGGGACAAAAGAUGGCUGAAUGAGGUCGUGUAAGGCUGAUUUAUUUUGGUUGAAAAUGAAGAUGUAAGAUAGAAGCCUUUAUUUUCUAGUGUAUGUGUAAGAUGAUUGUGAUUUUCCCCAAUAUUACGACGAGUGCAUAAUUGCGAUAAGUUUUGGAGUAGUACUGCACUAGUUGAGGCAGAAGUUAUUUCAGGUUAUACUGAUUAGAAAAAACAUGAAGCGUAUUAAGACUAACAAACAAGUUAGAUGGCAGCUGCCCAUGGGAAGGCGAAGGGAAAGGCGGGUAAAUAAACAGAGUCGCAGUUACUUAGCCUCAUUUCCUCUAGAUGAAAUUUUGCAACCAUGGCCAUUUAUCUAUGCAGCUGUCCUCAAACAGGUCGAGUUUUCGACUAUGUAAUGAGACCACACAACGGCCCCUGCCUGUCGAAGCGAAGUUCUCGAAUAGAUUUUGAGAUUUCUGGACUCCCGACGUGCAGGAUUAAAGGAGCGUGGCUAGACAGCUGUGUCGAGGAUUUGGCAGGCUUGUAGGGGGUGUGCUACUUGAACUUGAACUUGUGCACGAAGACGACCCUGUUAUCGAAGAACAUUUUCCUGAAGAAGAACGUUACUUAACGAAUUUUAGUGUUUUUGCUUUUCGCUGUACCGAAUUGCACUACUGAACGAAUUGUAGUAGAAUAAACACGACAAACACGACCUCUCAGAAGUGGACGAUUUGGGAACAGCACAUUGAAAAAUGCACUGAAAAAUGAGUUUAGAAAACCCCCGAGGAUGGAGAAUUAGCUAGUAAAAUUCUUGUUGAAAAUGAGGUGGAAACAGUUCUCCGUUUUUAGAAGAAGUAUACGAUUUAGAUUUAUUUACCCGCAGCAUAAAAGAUGUAAGUACCUGAACCUGCUGCGGUAAACUACACCCCAGAUAACGACCCAUGUGUAUGAUUCAUUUUCUCUUGGAUUUAACGAAGAACAACAGAAUUCAAAUCGAAGAGCAAGAUAAUUCAAAUGUUGUCGCUUCCUUCUUCAUUUUCAAAAAACCCUUCACAGGAUGUGCUUACACAUUUAUGCUCAGUUCGCUAUGCUACAGUGCUUAUUUUCAAACUUCCCUUUGGGAUUUUAGUUUUCAA